AUGUCUACAAACGUCGUCGCCAAUGAUUCUUUUUCGACAAGUGAACAACAACCAUGUACGACUACGACCAUGACCAUGACAGAAGAUUUAUAUACAGAUAGAUCUGAUCAAGAUUACAAACCACCGAGAUGGUCGGAGGAAUAUCAUCAAAAAAGUGAAAAUGAACUUACGCCAGAAAUAAUUUCACCAAUUUAUGAUGAAAAUAUCGUAGUGACACCACCAAUUGAUUGUUCAACCGAUUCUCCUACUAAAGAAUACUCCUCAAGCGGUACUCCAAUCUGUUUAUCAAAUUGUACAACUUUAACUCUUACUGAAACACAUUGUGAAUCUUCAGAAGAUACCACCAAUACUACAACUACAAUUGGAAAUGAAGAUUCGAGGCAAUUUGAUUAUUUUGAUACAUCUAAUCAUUCAUUUUCUAGUUAUUAUCAAUAUGUUCCACAUUCGUCUAUUCAACAAUCCUCUAUUUCAAAUAAUAAUCAAGCAACCACUUUAAAUAACCCAUUAAAUAACCCAUUAAAUAAUACAUUUAAUAAUAACACAUUAAACAACACAUUAAACAACACAUUAAAUAACUCAUUAAGCAACACAUUAAAUAACAACACAUUAAAUAAUACAUUAAAUAAUAGUGGAUAUAUUAUGACCUUACCUUCGAGCACUGGACCAAGGAUUGAUCCAAGUCUUUUGAAUUAUGAAACAGUUCAAAAUCCUAAUAAUUAUGGACAAACUUAUGCUAGUAUGAACCAAGCAUUAUAUUGGAACGAAGCACGUGGAUUACCUACACAUUAUUAUGGACCAAUUCCUACAGCUAAUACGAUUAGUACAACAUUAGGAUAUGAUUUGGCGCAGCAAAUGAUUAGUAAUGGACGUUCACCGAAUUCAGCAUUAGUCACGGACCAAGCAUUAAGGGAUUAUAUGUUGUUCAACGAUCCUUCACAUUCUAAUAAAGGAAAAAAAAAACGUGGGCGUAAACCAGAAACUGAAUAUUCACAUAUUAUGCCCUUACAUUCACCGACUUCUGAUGGAGGAAUUAGGCAAGGUGAAAUAGCACAAUGUUCAAACUGUGGUGUACGUGAUACACCUGCUUGGAGACGCGAUCUGCAAGGUGUCGCGUUACUUUGUAAUGCGUGCGGUUUAUAUUUGAAAAAUAAAGGAAUUCAUCGUCCGACUGAACUUGCACCAGAUGGUACUGUUCGUCUAAUGAGAACGCAAAGACCUGAACCAGAAUUUGCAUGUAAUAAUUGUGGUACGCGUAAUACUCCUUGUUGGAGGGGGCCUGAAGAGUUGUUAAUGGAUUGGGUUGGGGGAACUAGUCCUCAACCUACUCCAAAACUCCAACUUGGGUUUCAGAUUAUUAAGCAGAUCUUUAACUCACUCCAGCUUGAUCUGGAGUAUGACUCUCUAAUUUCAGAUUUAACUAAUUUUCGAACUUCAUAUGAGCAAGUUAUAAAGCAAAUCUGA